UGUGAACAUGGUGUUUUGUGCUGUUAAACGAGGAGAUGCACAGAAAACACAGGAGCCCGGGGACACUGUUGACGACCCACUGUGUGAUCUGGCCACAGAACCGGCUCCGGUCCAGCCCACGACAGUUCCCCAGGACUCAUUGAAGGAUUCUGUUUCUAUGGGGGCAAAGAUGAUUCAGGAGCUGGAGGACCGAGUGAGAGAGCUCGAGGAGCUGCUCAGUGAGUCCCACAGGAACUCUGAAAUAAAAAGCAAGAGGUUUGAUGAGGAAUGCGAGGCGUACAGUAAACUAAAGUCUGAGUAUAAUGACUUGAAGAAGACUGUGAUGCAGAACCAGGAGUUGCUAAAGGAGUUUGAGAGAGAGCGUAAGGCCCACAGCAACCUCCAGGUUGAGUAUGACAAGUUAAAGAUCAUUGCAAUGCACAAUGAGAAGCUGCUGCAGGAGUUUGAGAGAGAGCGUGAGGCCCACAGCAACCUCCAGGUCAAGUGUGAAAAAUUAAAGAUCACUGCAAUGCAUAAUGAGGAGCUGCUGCAGAGCUCUCUGGCAAAAGCUAAGCAGAAACACCAGAAGGCUAUGGUGUGCAUCGCUCAGCUAGAGGAUGAGAAGGAUGACCUGAUCAAGGAGGUUAAGGCCCUGCGUGAGACAGUGGAGGACCUGGGGAACCUGCUGUCCGAGACUAAUAAGGAUUAUGAUGAGCUAAUAGAGGAGUGUGAGAGAGAGCGCAAGGCUCACAGCAUCAUUCAGUCUCAGUAUGAAGAGUUAAAGAAGACUGUGAUAUGCAGCGAAGAGGUACUGAAGGACUCUCUGGCUAAAGCUGAACAAAAACAUCAGGAGGCACUGAAGUCAAUUGCUCAGCUGGAGAAUGAGAACACCAACGAGGUGGAGACCCUGCGCGAGACUGUAGAGGACUUGGGAAACCUCCUUUGUGAGACCAGCAGGGACUGUGAUAAGCUAACUGAGGAGUGUGAGAGAGAACGCACAGCUCACAGCAAACUUCUGUCCCAGCUUGACAAGUUGAAGCUCACUGUGAUGUGCAGAGAGGAGGUUCUGAAGAGUUCGCUGGCUCAGGCUGAACAAAAACACCAGGAGUACAUUUCUCUGCUCGAAGGUGAGAACGCCAGCCUGAUCAAAAAAGUGAAGACCCUGCGUGAGACCAUAGAGGAUUUGGGAAACCUCCUUUGUGAGUCCAACAGGAACUGUGAUGAGCUAAUGAGGCAAGUAAAAACUUUAACACAUUGA